CGCUCAGAGCUCUGGUACAGUACAGUAUGUGUCGUACCAGUUUGGCAAAGCAUACACCAUUGCAACAACCAGCCCGAGAGAAAGACAAGUGCACGAAUAGUAGAGGAUAAUGAGGCACUGCGAGUUGUUUGCGUUGGUAGCUUCUGUGCUUACCACGGUAUCUGGGUUUUCUCCGCCAUGUGCCUCAUUGGCGAAUAAUAGGUUGGACCCAACACCUUCACAGCCUGGUCAUGAAAAACAACAGUCCCCUUCUUGUCUGCAUUCAUACGAUGCGCGUGGUGACUAUUAUGGCGAAAGUUCAGGAUCCUACAUGGUCAAAGAGUUUGCAGAGUACGAACAACUAGAAGAAAUAGUCAAAUUGGCCGCCAUGCCGUUGCCAGAACGACCGGAUGGAAUUGUGUGUGUGGCCAAGUUCACAUCAUCUCAGAUGGACUCUUGUGUGACGACCGAGGCAGAAUACGAGCGUUUGGCUCGGGACAAUCCAGCCACCAUUUUUCUACGAUGCUUUGCCGAAUAUGAAAAUGCCGACAUUCUGAUUGGCAAAGCCAGUGUUCAAAGUUGGCCCACCUUUGACAUUUUCUAUCAAGGCAACCGAGUAGCCCGAGUUGAGGGUUCGAACUUUUCUGACUUGGAAGAGUUGUUGAAUCGGUAUCAGUUUCAGAAUUCCCAGUUGGAUUUAUUUUCUGAGGAAUCUUCUAAUCCUUGGGGAGACCGUAGCGCCAAAGACAUGAGCAAGACUCCUCGCACGACGGCUCGUUUCAUUCCCGGCUAUGAUUGGGGCAGUGCCAAGGGUUUCUUUGACGAUUUGGGGGACAAAGCAGCAGCAAGUUUUGAAGAAACCUUUGAGAAUUGGGUUCCACCUAUGGAUGAUGAUGACGGCAAGAGCAGCAAGUAGUUCUGUAACGUACUGGUACUCGUGCUGGCUGAGCGAGUACCAGACAAACUUGCACGACCAAGACUACAAUUCUUUGCUAAAAUCGUAUGAAGACUACCAUACCGUAGAAUACCACAGCUCCGAACCUAACUAAGUAGUAGAGCAUUUUUAGAU